AGGCCGCCCACCCGCCCAAUUAGGAGCCAGAUGGCGCUUCUGGCCAAUCAAAUCAUGGAUGCAAGAAUUCUCAGCAGCAUGAAUGGGAGAGUGGAGCUCUCGCAGUUAUUGAGGGUUACAAAUCAAAGCAUUGUUACCCAGGUAAACUCGGCUCAGGAUGACAAUCGCAAGAACAGAAAGUAUCCUUGUCCGUUGUGCGGUAAGCGUUUCCGCUUUAACAGCAUCCUUUCGCUGCACAUGCGUACGCACACUGGCGAAAAGCCCUUCAAGUGCCCCUACUGCGACCACCGGGCUGCACAGAAGGGCAACCUGAAGAUACACCUGCGUACCCACAAGCAAGGCAUUCUGGGUAAAGGCCGUGGACGCAUUCGAGAGGAGAACAGGUUGCUUCAUGAGCUCGAGGAAAGGGCCAUACUGAGGGACAGGCACAUGCGAGCCGGUCAUGUCGGGCCUCAGCAAACAUCCGUCAUAACCCGACCUCAACAACCGCAAAAGGCCCAGACUCCAAACCAGUUCCCCAACAACAAACCGACGGCCUCCACGUCCCCUAAAGCCACCGUGAUGCAGGAUGAGCCCACCCAGGCUCCACCCACAGGCUUUCGCUGCUCCUUCUGUAAGGGCAAGUUCAGGAAGCAGCAGGAGCUUGAACGUCACAUCCGGAUUCUGCACAAACCCUACAAGUGCACCUUGUGUGAGUUUGCUGCGGCACAUGAGGAGGAGCUUAUUGGCCAUGUUGAGACAACGCACAUUACUACUGAUUCAGCGCCAGGCCAUAAACCCCCAGUGGAGGGCAACAACAAGGGGAAGCCCGGUGGUGAAUUUCCCUGUGAUGUUUGUGGACAAACCUUUAGCCAGGCCUGGUUCCUCAAGGGUCACAUGAGGAAACACAAGGACUCUUUUGAGCACUGCUGUCAAAUUUGUGGCCGUCGCUUCAAAGAACCCUGGUUUCUCAAGAACCAUAUGAAGGUCCACCUGAAUAAGCUGGCCUCUAAGGCUCAUCUCCCCCCUCAGCAUGACAACUCUGUUAACAUGAAUCAUUUAACAGAAGACUAUCAGAGCAACCUCUACUCGCAGUACAUCUCCCGCAUUCACAACAGGCUCCUCACAGCCGACAGCGCUGACCAGGCAGAUUAUAGCCAGUUACUCGCCACAGCGGGUCUUGACAUCAGCGAUAGAGAGACGCUAGGUCGCGGGGUUUCCCCGAGUCUCGGUCCGCUCACCGAUACGAAGAGCUCCUCUUUGUUGGGCUGGAAUCACCUUCACCCUUCCCUGAGCGCCGCCAACCUGGACUAUUUGCAGAAGGUCGUCUCCGGCAGGGAUGCAGUGAGCUACUCGGGCUGGCAGAUCAUGACACCCCCGCAGCGCAUCUUCAACACUAAGGAUCAGCAGCACCGGCGGAGCUCCCCCUACCCGUCUGAGCGACGCCCCCCCGUGGACGACGGCAAAGUGGGUCUCGCCGACCAAGACGGCAACGUGAGCAGCCGACCCGGCAGCGAAGGCAGCCUGAGCCGUCGCGGGCCGACCGAGGUCGUGACAGAGACUGGAAGCGCCCUUGAACACCAACCGCAAUCCUCUUCUCCAGCUUCAGUUAUAGGCGACAAUGUCUACAAGUGUCCACCCUCCAGCGACCACAGCGCCAUUGGUUUCCAGCUGGACCGCUACCACUUCCCGUCCUGGCAGAACAGCAGGGAUCUGUCCUCUCCACUGCAGCCCGCCAGCAGCAGAAGCUCCAGCCCCAACCCGAAGCUGCGACCCAGGUCCGGGGAGGACAGGAGCCCUAUGAGCGCUCACCUCCUUUCCGCAGACAGAGAAAAUGGCCUGCUGGUCCCUGACAAGAAUCCAGCCAGUAAAAGUCCUUCUUCUGCCCACACCAACAAGUCCCAGUACGAGCCUUUAGACUUGUCCGUUUCCUCUCAUUCCACCAUGUCUACUGCUCUACUGGUCCAAAUGUCUGGGGUCUUCAGCAGUGGACUCAAUCCACUUCAAAAUUACGCCGCCGAACUCGAUGUGAAACCUGCGUAUAGGUGUGAUCUUUUGGGAAUAAAAGAAGGUGUGGGCAAACAUAAUAUUGGGUCAAAAGGGCUCAGCGUGGAAGGUGAAGAUGGAAAAAUUUGCAUUGAAGGAGAUAGGGAAGAAGCAAAUGAAGAAGCGGUUGAAUGGAAGAUGCUGAACGAUGGGGGCCAGGCUGACGUCCUGGGAAAGAAGCGUGACGAGAUAGGCCCGUGGUCCGCAGCAGAAACGAGAAUGUCCUCACCUGACGACGUGGCUCCAGAUCAGAUCAACCCCUAUCAGCAAGCUGGCCUGCUCUCGCUCCUCAGAGCCCAGAAGAACCGGAGCGGCACCCAUAGGACCACCCUGAAUGUGGGCAACAUGAAUAACGUUGCAUCAGCUCGGAAGCCAUUCCCGUGCAAAUACUGCCCCUACAGUGCCUCCCAGAAGGGGAACCUGAAGACGCACGUCAUCUGUGUUCACCGAAAACCCUUUGACAACAGCCUGUACCCCGACCGGCGUCUCCGCCGCUCGCACGCGCCACAGCGGCCGUCGAGAUCGCCACCGAGCAUUACGGAAGACAAUCGGGCUCCGGGUAGAGAGCUGAUCAACGUUGCAUCGCUCUGCGGGACUUGACGUUGUUGUCAUGGAAACCACUGAUACGGACAGUUACGAUUAUUGCUUUGGUAAGAACGAGAUGUUAAGUUAAAAGGGUCUAUUAUGCACUUUCUUAUGUUCUAUUACAAUAUAACACUUUUGGGUGUUCAUCCACUAAGUACUAGAGAACUGUUCCUUCACUGCUUCCUUCCUUUGUGGUUCCUUCAGCCAGAUCUCUCAGUGAAAGGAAUAAGGUUUUCAGAUGUGCAAUGUGGGAAUGAUAGAUUCCCUUUAAGAGCAAAUGUUUAUGUACAUUCCAGUGUUUCUUGAAGAUCCACAGUAUGUAUUUAUCCGUAGCAAUGAGGUUGCAUAUAAUAAUAACGAUGAUAAUAAA